GCCCCUAAACAUUGCAUGCUUGACAAGCUUGGUGGAGCAUUUGCACCCAAACCUUCUUCCGGUCCCCACAAAUCUAGGGAGUGUUUGCCCAUGCUUCUUAUCGUCAGGAACAGGCUGAAGUAUGCUCUGAGCUACCGUGAAGUUAAUUCAAUCUUGAUGCAGCGACAUAUCAUGAUUGAUGGGAAGGUCAGGACUGACAAAACAUAUCCUGCUGGGUUCAUGGAUGUUGUAUCAAUCCCAAAGACUGGGGAGAAUUUCCGCCUUCUCUAUGACACCAAGGGUCGCUUCCGUCUCCACAAAAUCAGGGAUGAGGAGGCUAAGUUCAAGCUCUGCAAGGUCAGGUCUGUGCAGUUUGGACAGAAAGGCGUUCCUUCCCUGAACACCUACGACGGCCGCACCAUCCGCUACCCAGACCCUCUCAUCAAAGCCAAUGACACCAUCAAGAUUGAGCUGGAGACCAACAAGAUCGUGGAUUUCAUCAAGUUCGACGUUGGGAACUUCGUGAUGGUGACGGGUGGCAGGAACACCGGGCGCGUUGGGGUGAUCAAGAGCAGGGAGAAGCACCAGGGCAGCUUCGAGACCAUCCACGUCGAGGAUGCACUCGGCCAUCAGUUCGCCACCCGCCUGGCCAACGUAUUCACCAUUGGCAAGGACAAGAAGUCGUUGGUCUCUCUCCCCAAGGGCAAGGGCGUCAAGCUCACGAUCAUUGAAGAGGCAAGGAAGCGCAAUGCUGCGGCUGCUGCUGUGGCUUGA